GCGAACUACUGAAGCAGCAUUGAACCCAAGCCAUCGUUCUAAUUCACCAUUCGAAUCGACUGGAUCAGAAUUAGCAGUGGUCGAAGCUGACAAUCAGUUGGAAAAUCCAGUUGAGGUUAAAGAGGAGCGUCGCAUCAAGGAAGAACCACAAUCAGUUGGUGAAUUGGUCGAUGUUCCCGUUCCGACAAGGAAUAACCGUGUCGUUGUACCUUCAUUUGGUGUCGACCAACCGAACGGCAAAUACGACUUUGAUAGUCUUGAUUGGGACGAUGACAAAAUUGAGGUGAAAGAAGAAACCGAAGUAAAGAAGAAAAAGGAAUCGAAGACGAACGAUGAAUUAGGCGGUGAUGCGAUGGCAAAUCAGCGUGAUCUUCAGCGGCCAUCACGACCAGAUGAAAACGUUUCCACGCAGCCAGGAAGAGGCCACGGUGCCAAGAACAAGGAAUCGUGUGACAAAGUUAGUGUUCCCAAAACUGUAUUGAAGAAGCAUAAAUGCGACUUUUGUGAAUAUUCGACCGAUAAUAAAGGUCAUUUGAAUCAGCACUUGUUGAAACACACUGGUGAGAAGCCACACGGAUGCACCCUUUGCCCGAAACGUUUCAAAGAAAAACGAAGUCUUCUUGGUCACAUGAAAAUACACGUCAAAGAGUUUCUGUUCCAUUGCUCAGGCUGCUUGCAAGGAUUCGAUGGAAAGGAGGAGAAGACAGAACACGAAACUAAUUGCAAAGUUGUCCGCUACGAAUGUCAUUUGUGCAAGGAAUCGUUUGGUUCACUUAAGACAAAUAUGGUGAAUCACAUGCGC